GACAAGAGUCCCUGUCACCUGGAGGAGGCUCCGGGGCCGUGUCGAGGUCUGGUGACGCGUUACCUCUUUGACAGCCAGAGCCAGGAGUGCAAGCACUUCUACUACGGAGGCUGCUUCGGCAACGCCAACAACUUCAAGAGUAUGAAAGAGUGCCAGGCCAGAUGCCAGAACCCAGGUAGUCCGAAAGGGACCAACCCACCUUUCCUUACUAGCACUGACUUUGCUGGACUUUAUUGAGGAAAAAUGUACUUUCUAUGCCUGUGAUAUGUGGUUGUCUCACCUAGCUAUCUUAAGAUGAACGCACUAACUAAGUCGCUCUGGAUAAGAGAGUCUGCUAAAUGACUAACGUGAAUGUGCUUGGGGAGAAUAUUACUUGUCUGAUGCCUGAAAAGUUUGCUGUGGGUUCUUAGAUAGUCAUACCUCUUUGAAAGCCCAAAUACUAACUUUUUUGCUGCAGUGCAAAUAGGAGAUAAGUCAUUUCAGUGCAGUUGCCCUGUGGAUAUUGCACUUACUGGAAAAUUAUCUUGUUGAUGGAUUUUUUUUUCCGACCAUCAAGUCAUUCUUCACCUUCAUUUUGCAUGAAGAUAUUUUUUUUUGCCUUUUGAGCAUAUUCAAUUAUUUUAGACAUAGGCCUGAUUUCAAAUUUGCUUACAUUCAUUGACAGCAUUUGUCCCAAAAAAUACCAAUACCAAUUUAUCUUCAUCAAUUCUGAGGUGUAAUAACUUCUCUAUGCUGUAUGUUAAUAUUAUAAUGCUACUUCCUUGGUGAACAGGUUUUAAUAACAGAGUACAGUCGUGGUCAAAAGUUUUGAGAAUGACACAAGUAUUGGUCUUCACAAAGUUUGCUGCUUCAGUAUUUUUAGAUAUUUUUGUCAGAUGUUACUAUGGUAUACUGAAGUAUAAUUACAAGCAUUCCAUAAGUGUCAACUGCUUUUAUUGACAAUUACAUUAAGUUUAUGCAAAGAGUCAAUAUUUGAAGUGUUGACCCUUCUUUUUCAAGACCUCUGCAAUCCGCCCUGGCAUGCUGUCAAUUAACUUCUGGGCCACAUCCUGACUGAUGGCAGCCCAUUCUUGCAUAAUCAAUGCUCGGAGUUUGUCAGAAUUUGUGGGGUUUUGUUUGUCCACCCGCCUCUUGAGGAUUGACCACAAAUUCUCACUGGGAUUAAGGUCUGGGGAGUUUCCUGGCCAUGGACCCAAAAUGUAGAUGUUUUGUUCCCCGAGCCACUUAGUUAUCACUUUUGCCUUAAGGCAAGGUGCUCCAUCAUGCUGGAAAAGGCAUUGUUCGUCACCAAACUGUUCUUGGAUGGUUGGGAGAAGUUGCUCUCGGAGGAUGUGUUGGUACCAUUCUUUAUUCAUGGCUGUGUUCUUAGGCAAAAUUGUGAAUGAGCCCACUCCCUUGGCUGAGAAGCAACCCCACACAUGAAUGGUCUCAGGAUGCUUUACUGUUGGCAUGACACAGGACUGAUGGUACCGCUCACCUUGUCCUCUCCGGACAAGCUUUUUUACAGAUGCCCCAAACAAUCGGAAAGGGGAUUCAUCAGAGAAAAUGACUUUACCCCAGUCCUCAACAGUCCAAUCCCUGUACCUUUUGCAGAAUAUCAGUCUGUCCCUGAUGUUUUUCCUGGAGAGAAGUGGCUUCCUCGCUGCCCUUCUUGACACCAGGCCAUCCUCCAAAAGUCUUCACCUCACUGUGCGUGCAGAUGCCACACCUCACUGUGCCUGGUGCCAUUCCUGAGCAAGCUCUGCACUGGUGGUGCCCCGAUCUCGCAGCUGAAUCAACUUUAGCAAACAGUCCUGGCGCUUGCUGGACUUUCUUGGGCACCCUGAAGCAUUCUUCACAACAAUUGAACCUCUCUCCUUGAAGUUCUUGAUGAUCCGAUAAAUGGUUGAUUUAGAUGCAAUCUUACUAGCAGCAAUAUCUUUGUCUGUGAAGCCCUUUUUGUGCAAAUCAAUGAUGACGGCACGUGUUUCCUUGCAGGUAACCAUGGUUAACAGAGGAAGAACAAUGGUUUCAAGCACCACCAUCCAGUCUGUUAUUCUAACUCAAUCAGCAUGACAGAGUGAUCUCCAGCCUUGUUCUCGUCAACACUCUCACCUGUGUUAACGAGAUAACCACUGACAUGAUGUCAGCUGGUCCUUUUGUGGCAGAGCUGAAAUGCAGUGGAAAUGUGGAUUAAAAAGUUCAUUUUCAUGGCAAAGAGGGACUUUGCAAUUAAUUGCAAUUCAUCUGAUCACUCUUCAUAACAUUCUGGAGUAUAUGCAAAUUGCCAUCAUAAAAACUGAGGCAGCAGACUUUGUGAAAAUUAAUAUUUGUGUCAUCCUCAAAACGUUUUGACCACGACUGUAGUACACUGUUUGUAUUAUAGUACAUUUCUGUUACAUGCUGUAACUUAUUAUGGAAGUAAACUCUAACUAUGCUUUGGUUUCAUGGCAGAAAACGCCACUGUGGCCCUUAAAUUGGAUGUGGUCCCCUAAAUUGGAGGUCACCGUCCCAGAACCCACUAGCCAGCCCAGGGUACAGCCUCUCAAAGUAACUGGUAAGACACCAAUGUUUAUGUAUUUUGAGUUCAUGUUUGUAUAAUCUUUAUUUAUUCAACAAAUGAUAGCUCUAGUAAUAGAUUAAAAAAUCUAAUUAAUUAUGCAGUAGCACCAAAAAUAUCUCAGGUAGGCCUAAUCUGAUGUAAUAAAAUGGAUGUCUAUAAACAUAACCAUAUAUUGAUGUAAUGUUUCAAUAAUCAGACAAAGUCAUUGUUUCAUUUGAGCAUUAACUUUGCCUGUAGGCCUACUUUUUCCAUGAUACUGUACACAGCGUCAGCACAUUACACUGUUUGCCCAAGCAGCUUUUUAUUUCCCCAGCAUGCCAGUCAGCCCUUCUGCUUGGCAGGGCCAGGAAAGUGGGGUUGUGGGAUCUCUGAAGACCAUGAACCACAUACACUAAAGUGAAAGGGCUGAUAUCAUGUCAGCUAGCUGUGUUUUAGAGAAUUCUGAGGGAAGAAAAGGCUGAGGGAAAAAGUUGUAUAGAGAUUGUGGUAAAUGACACACCAUGUAACCCUGUGGAUCUGUCAAUGCUGGGAACACUACUGUAUUGCUACAAUCUCUUGGCAGCCCCUUGUGGUGGCGUGAUGUAUCUCCCUUUAAGUUACCUACAGUAUCACAACUACUAAUACAGUGAGGCGCUUUGAGCACAGGAAUCCAGGAGUGCAGUCAUUUGUCAUGUGUACUACAGCCAACUACAACAGCUAGGUAAGAGAGAGAGACAGUACAUUUACAUGCGCUAUCUCAGAAAUAGUUUAGCUGCUGGUAAACACUACAACGUAUAAAGGCAGCAUAGCGCCCACCAUACCUCCUCCCUUCUCCUCCUUCCACGUGACACUGAUUCACUGCUAUUAGAAUGGGAGUGUACAAGGUAUGAGGAGAGAGUUAGUGCUCAGAAACACCACUGUCUGGUAACAGAGGUCACAACGCAGUACAAAGGGGCACAGGGAGUCUUUGGCCAUCACUCAGUCACAGACAAGUAGUUAUGUCUAAGGAACUGCAUCGCAGUGCUAGCUGUGCCACUAGAGAUCCUGGUUCGAAUCCAGGCUCUGUCGUAGCCGGCCGCGACCGGGAGACCCAUGGAGCGGCGCACAAUUGGCCCAGCGUCGUCCAGGGUAGGGGAGGGAAUGGCCGGCAGGGAUGUAACUCAUGGCGUUUGCAAUGCCAGGUUUGUGGGUUCGAUUCCCACGGGGGGCCAGUAUGAAAACAUAAAUAAAAAAUGUAUGCACUCACUAACUGUAAGUCGCUCUGGAUAAGAGCGUCUGCUAAAUGACUAAAAAUGUAAAUGUUAAAAUGAUUCAUGUUACAGAAUUCCACCCAGGUCAGUGAAUCCAGUUAAGUAGUGUCUCUGUAUACGUGGUUGUAAUUCCAGUGAAGUGAUAUAAGAGAUCUUUAGCACUCCCUUACCCCAAGGCUGACAUUUUGUUGAUUUUUUUUCCCCACAGUUUGAUGCUUGAGGUUUCCUUUGAAAUGGGACAUGUACAAAGUAAUAGUAGAAGCAUCAGAGUCUAGUAGUCACUGUAACAGUAGAUUUCCAUUAACCUCACAUCCAGGCUUUUAGGAAAGUAUGUUCUAUCAGAACUCCACUGCAGAUGUAGCCUAGACACUUACACUGUACAUACUAAUAAAAGUUGCCUUUGGUACGAUGGAGUCAUUGUUGUACACCAUGACUUGUGUUAUUAGCACGUCAUUUCAUCUUACAAUUGCCUCUGUGCGUUUCUUUCAGACUUCAAUCCUCCGGACUUCUGUCUCAGUCCCAUUGACAAGGGCACAACGUGUGACGGAGAGGAGAGAACUCAGAGGAGAUAUGUGUACAACCCCAAGACAAAGAGAUGUCAGUCGUUGCGCUACAGUGGCUGCGGGGGCAACAAGAACAACUUUGUCCUCAAGAGACGCUGCAUGAAGAUGUGUAUGAAGCCAGGUAAGAUCCAAGUUAUCUGUUAUCUCCAACACCAGCCCUAUAGAGGUACCUGGGUUUGCAGGUUUUUGUUCCAGCCCAGCAUUAACACACCUGAUUCAAAGUUGUAUUAUUUGAAAUAGGUGUGUCUGUACUGUACUUUUGUUCCACCCGUAGGUCUUUCAUUUAUUUAUUUUUAGUCAUUUAGCAGAGCGAUUUACAGGAUUAAGUGCCUUGCUCAAGGGCACAUCGACAUAUUUUUCACCUAGUCGGCUCAGGGAUUAGAACCAGCACCCUUCCGGUUACUGGCACAACGCUCUUAACCACUAAGCUACCUGCCGCACAUUGAAUUAACAGUGUUUUUGCUAAUUAACAUUUACAUUAUGCAAUGUUCAUUUCUAGACUAGUGCCAUGGAUAAGUGUUAAAAAUGACUAAUUUGUGCCAUUUUGUUCCAUUUUCAGAUCAUCAUCACAAAGGGAAGGUCAUUCGUAUAAAGAAAAAGAACACCAACAUCUUAUUUCGAUCUGUC